AUGUGCUCCUGCUCCUCCGUGCCGCCGGCCUCCGCCCAGGCUGUGGCGGUGUCGCGCAGCGCUCGCUCUCGCUACGGCCUGCGCCCGCGCGAGAGGCAAGUCUACACAGAGGUGGAGGAGCCCCAGGACGACGACUUCUUCUUCUGCGAGCUGUGCAGGGAUUUCUACCUGGGGGAGUGCUCCGUGCACGGCCCGCCAGAGUUCAUCGCGGACGCGGCCGUGGCCCCGGGAGUGGCCAACAGGGCCCGGCUCAGCCUGCCCCAGGGCCUCACCGUCGGCGCCUCCUCCAUCGCCGGCGCCGGCCUCGGGGUGUGGAGCAACAGGAAGAAGCUGCCCAAGGGGGUGAUGUUUGGGCCCUACCAGGGAGAGGUGUCUGAGGAGAACCCCAUGAGCGAGUACUGCUGGCUGAUUUACAAAAACAAAAAGGAUCGUGAAUAUGUUGAUGCUCAGGAUGAAUCUAAGUCAAACUGGAUGAGGUUCGUCAACUGCGCGAGGAAUGAGCAGGAGCAGAACCUGGUGGCCUUCCAGCACCGGGGGCAGAUUUACUACCGCACGUUCCGUGCCGUGGGGCCCGGCUCUGAGCUGCUGGUCUGGUACGGCGAGGAGUUCGCCCAGGAGCUGGGCAUCGCCUGCGAGGCCGGGCCCUCGCGACGCCGCAGCAGGAGCAGCAGCAACGAGAUGGCUCCCAGGGCCACCGCCAGAGACCUGCAGCCCGUGCAGCCUCCACCAAGCGAGGAACACUGUGGAGUGGGUGUGGAGGUGACAAGGCUGCCGUGUCCUGCCUGCAACCGUCAGUUCAUCUGCCGCUCGAGUCUACAGUAUCACGUGCAGAGCAGACACCCCACUAAGCCCAGUAACAAAAGUCAUCAGUGUGACCAAUGUCCAUUCAGCACAGACUACAAGUGUAGCUUGAAGAUGCACCAGAGAACACACACGGGAGAGAAGCGGUUCAAGUGCACCGUGUGUGAGAAGGCGUUUUCACAACUACCAACUCUUCACAGCCACCAGAGAACACACACGGGAGAGAAGCCGUUCAAGUGCACCGUGUGUGAGAAGGCGUUUUCACAACUACCAAAUCUUCACAGCCACCAGAGAACACACACGGGAGAGAAGCCGUUCAAGUGCACCGUGUGUGAGAAGGCAUUUGCACAUUUACAACAUCUUCACAGCCACCAGAGAACACACACGGGAGAGAAGCCGUUCAAGUGCACCGUGUGUGAGAAGGCGUUUGCAGACUCAUCACAUCUUCACAGCCACCAGAGAACACACACGGGAGAGAAGCCGUUCAAGUGCACCGUGUGUGAGAAGGCGUUUGCAGACCUAUCAAAUCUUCGCGUGCACCAGAGAACACACACCGGCCAGGAUGCAUUUUCUCCUUCCCGUGGAAACAGAAAAGUCAGCCAUCCUGAGCAAAACGUGCACUGCGCCGAGCUGUGAAUUAGUUUUAAACAACAGGCCACGUGAUUAGCCGAGGCUGUGCCACCCUUGAAACUGAUUUUGAAUGUGAACACGGAAACCUACGGAUCCUCCUACACCUGACUCACACUCUGUGGGGGGUGGGAGAUUAAACCGACCCGGCCACCCCUCGAUUGCAAGUGCGGAGUUCUAGGUCCCAACCACUGCACUUCCCUCCCCAUCACCUGGGGGUCCCCGUGUGUGUGAGUGUGCAGAGUCCCCCGUGCAGAGCUGCACUGUUGUUACCCUAGAGGGGGGCACCGCAGGGCGAUCCACCUACAGACACCCCAGUCUGCACGUCUCCCGCCGGUCUCCAUGCGCACCGCGUGCCGUCUCGUAGCCCUGCCCCGUGCGACGUACGUACAGUACUUACAGUACGUACCCAUCCAGCGGUAGACUGAACCGCGGCUGAUGACGAAGGUGGCAUCCGCUCACAAAUCUCCGAACACUCAGUCCAGAGGUCGCAACCGGGUACCCGAUACCCGUACCCUACGGUCACUGGUGAGUAACUGUCACUCAUUUCCCAACGUCUUGUCUCUUCUCACAAUUCAAGUUCCUAGAAUCAACCCACCCGCGCCUGCAACAUGGCUUCACCCCAGAGGUCGCAAUCAGGUACCCGAUACCGGGUACGGGUACCUGUUUACGACGCUGGUGCGGCCAGGUACGGGUAAGGAAUCAAAACCCGUUUGCGACCUCUGACUCAGUACCGUAGCCCCGAGCCAUCGCUUGUGCGCUAUUCACUUUGCUGCUGAGAGGAAAGCUACGGGGUGGAGGUGGGGGGGUUGCUAUGAGAGGACAUCUGUGGAA